GUAGACAAAGCUUCACUGUAUACAGGCUUUACACCGAGGGCUCUGGGCUGUGCGACUGUAUCCAUCUACUGGAAUGUGAUUUAUUGUAUUAAUGCUGUAAAAGCAGCUGUACGGGGCACGUUAUUAUAAGCAAGUGAAGAACACAAAAAGGGACAAAAAGACAAAAACCAAAGCAGAGGCUGCAAUCACAGGAACUGUCUCAGUAACAAUGAAAGGCUGGAUUUUACUUCUGUUGGUGGCAAAGCUUGUUAAUUUGUCUAUGACACAUCCGACCAACUCGUUGACCUGGCUAAGUUAUCUGCGCAACCGAGCCUACAGUCACGGUUAUGGCCGCAGUCACAAUAACAUCCACGCCUCUCUAAGAGCAGAGGAUGUGGAUGAGCCUCCUGCACCGGACUGUCCUUUGGAGUGCGACUGCCCUCCUUCCUACCCCAGUGCGAUGUACUGCAACAACCGCAAACUGCAGCACGUCCCGUUUGUCCCAUCUCACAUCAAGUAUGUAUACCUGCAAAACAACCAGAUCACGACCAUCAAAAAUGGAGUCUUCGAUAAUGCUCCAGAUUUAGCUUGGAUCAGCCUACACACAAAUAAACUGAACUCUGACAAGAUUGGUGACAAAGUCUUCGCCAAACUACCAAACCUCGAGCGCCUCUUUUUACACAACAACAACCUGAGUCGGGUUCCACAGGAUUUACCACGUUCCCUACGAUAUGUAUACAUGAAUCAUAACAAUAUCUCAAAGGUGCCGGUCCAAUCUUUCCGUGGAAUGAGAAACCUGACCGCCCUGCACCUUCAAGUGAACGCCAUUGAAGACCUCGGCAAUGCACUUGAGGGUCUGCAUUCCUUGACCCUGUUAGACUUACGAGUAAACCGACUGAAGAAGAUCCCCGAAAGCCUGCCGCCAAAGCUGAGCCAGCUCUACCUCGAGUACAACCGCAUAUCCAGCGUUCCUGCUGAUUUUCUGAGCCAGCGGCCUGAGCUGCGCUUCAUACGUCUGUCCCACAACCAGCUGACCAACGGGGGGAUUCCAGCCAACGCUUUCAAUGUCAGCACUCUCGUAGAGCUCGAUUUAUCCUUUAACAAGCUGGAAAGGAUUCCCACUAUUAGCACCAGUCUGGAGAAUCUCUAUCUGCAGGCCAACAAGAUCAAAGAAUUCUCAGUGAGCAGCUUCUGCAGAGUUGUGGAUACAAACAAUUACUCUAAUCUGCGUGUACUGCGCUUGGAGGCCAACGAAAUUAAAGCCCAAGACAUACCGACUGAAGCUGUACUGUGUCUGCGCCUGGCAACCAACAUCGACCUGUAGGCCUGACAUCAGCACAUCCACAGAAACCUACUGUCAGACAUGAGCACACGGAGCAAGAGAGAGAACAUCUUGGAAAUAAGGGUUUAGUUAUCUUUUCGACAGUAAAAUGAUUGUGGGGGUUGUAAUAAGUAAAAAUAUCACGUCUUGCAGUAUCAAAAGAAAAUAUGUACGAAUAAUGAUGAUACCAUUACAAAACCAUGUGUUUUUUGUCUGUGAAUAAGCCUGGGAAUUUUGAUAUGGGUAUCUUAAAAUCAAUGUGAAUGUCUGAUUACAAACUAUUUUAUUACUGAAUCAAUAAGGACAGGAAUGCAUGGAAGCUCAUUUCUGUCUCAUUAUAAAAAUAUCAAAAAGGUAAUUGCAAAUUUGAUUUGCAUAUUUACAUUUUUAUUUUCUAAUUCUGAAAAAAAGUAACUGGAGAUAUAAUUUGCAACUGCAAGAAAAUAAAUUGCUAGAAACAAAGUUACAAUUACCCAUUUGAUACAUAUAUUCUGAAACAGAAUUGUGAGAAUUUUUUUUUUUUUACCUUAUUCUCUAACGUUUGAAUUAUGAGCUCAUUUUUGUAUUAGCUAAAAUUCAUUUAUCUUUAACUUUUUAGUAAAUGCAUGAUACAAAUAAUGGUGUUGGUUGGGAAACUUUGGGUUUUGUUUUGUAAUUGUUAGCCAGUAUUUUUGGAAGUGGAAAAAGAUAAAUUGCCCGAAGGUCAAUUUAAUUGGUUAGUCAAUGAGGAUGACCUCAUGAAAAUCUAACUGAAAACUGAGGAAAGAUCAA